AUGGCUCAAAGGGGAUUCCUCGUGCCAGAAUGGUACCACACAGACCCUCCCACGGAUGAGGACAUGAACAUCGCCAGUAUCAUCUGGGGGUUUUCACUGUCCUGCGCCUGCUUUACCUUUGUGAAGGGUGCGCGGCAAAGUUGGAUCUCUUACAGAAGGACCAAAAACGUCAACGCAUAUGUUGUCAUGAUAUGGCUUGAAUGGUUAGCCUGUCUGGUUAUUUCUGUGAUCAGCUGGCUGUUUUUGAGGGGUGUCAUCCCUAUAAGCUUCUGGUUCGCUUUCUUCCUUCUCUGCCUGUGGGUGAUACAGAUCCAAUGCAUCAUGCAAAUCAUCAUCAACCGAAUCGCCCUCCUCAUGGUCCGCCAAGAAAAAGCACGCAAAAUCCGUUGGACCGUUUUCGCCAUCAUCUCUGCCAUAAACAUCAGCGUUUUCUGUAUCUGGAUUCCCGCCAGGUUGCAAAUCAGCGAGACUUAUGUCAAUGUCAACAAUGUGUGGGAUAGGUGCGAGAAGGCCAUUAUCGCCAUCGUCGACAUGGGUCUGAACUUCUACUUCAUUCACCUAGUCCGGGCGAAGCUCAUUGCCAACGGCCUCACGAAGUAUACAAGGCUCUUCCACUUCAACCUGGGCAUGAUCGCCAUCUCACUGGCACUUGAUAUUAUCCUCAUUGGUGUCAUGUCCCUUCCGAACAGCGUCAUCUACGUUCAGUUCCACCCCCUCAUCUACUUGGUGAAACUACACAUCGAGAUGAACAUUGCGGAUCUCAUUGCCCGCGUGGUCAAGGCAUCGAACCCGCACCAGACGGGAUCCUACGGUAACUCUCACUCGAACCGACAUGAAGGAAGCCACAAGAUGACCACGAUGGUCCGUACUGGGCACAACACUGGCACACAGUCGCGAAUUGACGAAGAAACUGAGGACUCAUACCACCAUAACCGCUUCCCCAAGGGUGGUAUCCAGCGGACGAUCGAGACCCAGGUUAUCAGGGAGGAUAAAGACGACGACGCCCAAAGCGAGUCGAGCUCCACCCGUGAGUUGCAGAAGCACUUCGCCAUCGUGUAG